GAUUAUUGAGGAGAAUGCUGAGUACAAGGUUAGAAUCGAAGAAUUGGAGAAAAAUAGUGCCGAUAUUUCAGCUGAGAAUGCAGAGCUCAAAGCUGAAUUAGCCAAAUUAAGACAUGAUUUCGAUUCCUCCAAUCUCACAAGGCUUCAGCAACUACAGCACAUUACUAAUGCACAGAACUCAUGCUCUGGAGAAGAAAAGAUAUCAGAGGUAACCGCUGUACCACAGCCAGAUGCUGAGCCCGAGAGGCACUUUGCUUCAAAUGAUAUACCUGAUUCUAAAAUGCCUCAAGAGAUCAAGUGUCCUACCUCUGAUCCAGUGAUCCAUGAUCAAAAGAGAGUUACUGGGGGUAGCAAGUCACAUAAGAAAAAAGGAAUGGAUGAACUCAAGCAUGAAUUAUUUACCCCUUCGGAAUCUGAUAGUCUGUCCUCUAUAAACCAUAAUAAUGUGACUGAAGUUUCUGAGAUGGCCCAUCUCGAAAAAGUUACCUACAGCAUUGAUGAAGCAUCACAACAUCUAGCUCAGUUAUGUGACAAAGUCAUCGAUGCCGAAGAUAGAGCAAAUCGAGCUAAUCAGGAAGAAAUUUUAUGUUGGUGCCUCUACUGGAAGGAUUUCAGAGAUCAGCUUGAUGAGAUUAUUAGAAGUAAUGGUGGUAAAUUUGGUAAAAAGAAGGCGAGAGGUAUGCUUUAUGAUACUAUCACAGAACAGCUUUCUAUCCUCUGCAAGAAAAGAUCGCAAGAAUUGGGGCUAAAACUUAGAAAUUUACCUCAUAUGACUGAAAUUUCCAAGACGGCCCAUCCCGAAAAAAAUUUGACAAAGAAUACUCCACCGAAAACUAAG